UCCACCAGGUGCCGGGUUCUUCUCGAUGGGUCUGCACCUCUCACAGCUGCCCCCGCCUCUGUCCCUGCCCUCUUGUCCUCAGGGCAGGGGAUCUCUGGGCAGAUUCUCCAGCCAGGCAGCCAGUGAGCAGAGGGUGGAGUGGGGAUGGGCAGGUCGGAAGGAACUUGCAGCAGGAAACAAGAAACCCCUCCUGCUGAAAAGGGACCUGGCCCCGGCCUACUGCCAACUGGCUGUGCUGGGGUGGCUCUGGUCUACUUUCCCAGCUGGUCAGAGGGACCAAAGGACUCGUCCCCUCUGCCAGGGCCUCCUGGGACUUUGGGUGUGGUGGGGGAGGGGACGCCUGCAAGAAAGAGCCAUGGACUUUGGUUCCUUUCUGCAACAAUCCCAGAGGCAGGGCUUCUUUAUCCCUAUUUAAUAGAUGGGUAAACUGAGGCAGACUUGUACUGGGGGCAGGGCAUCACCUGGGGUGUCAUCCCAGGGCCCUUGUGUCUUUUUGAGUCUGGGGGUGGAUAAUGAUAAGCAGUGACUGAGUCCCUCCCCUCACAGAACUGAGGGGCCCUGGCUAGUUUGGGGUGGGGUCCGAAGGUCGGUAGCAGGCCCUGGUCCCUCUGGAGUCGGUCGUGUUGGAAGGCUAAGGAGGGGGCCAGGGAGGGAGCGGGCACAACCCCACUCCCACUUUACACCGAAGGCUCUGUCCUGGCUCGGAAUGUGUCCACCCGGUCAUGCCCCCCGCGCACCAGCCCUGCAGUGGACAUAGAGGAGGAGGAAGAGAGCUCUGUGGAUGGCAAGGGGUAGGUGAGGGGUUGGUGGGCGCGGCAGACACCCGGGGGGUCCCAAGGCUGGGUCUCAGAUCACAGAGCCAGGGACCAGAGGCUUCAGCAGAGCUGACUGGAGACCCCGCCUGGCCCCUGCUGCUGCCCGGAUUCCUGGAGGGUGAGCCUCCAGGGCUUCUGGGAUCAGACUCUACCUGACGAGGUACCGCUGGGUGUGACUCCCAGGUCGGCCACCAGAGGGCGAACAGCCCCUUGGACCGGAAGAGCACAGGCCUGAAGCUCUCCAAGAAGAAAGCCUGGAGGAGACACACAGAUGACCCAAGCAAGGAGUGUUUCACGCUGAAAUUUGACCUGAACGUGGAUAUUGAGACAGAGAUCGUACCAGCCAUGAAGAAGAAGUCGCUGGGGGAGGUGCUGCUGCCAGUAUUUGAAAGGAAGGGCAUUGCGCUGGGCAAAGUGGAUAUCUACCUGGACCAGUCCAACACGCCCCUGUCCCUCACCUUUGAGGCCUACAGGUUUGGGGGACACUACCUGCGGGUCAAAGCCAAGCCAGGGGACGAGGGGAAGGUGGAGCAGGGCGUGAAGGACUCCAAGUCCCUGAGUCUGCCAAUCCUGCGGCCAGCCGGGGCCGGGCCCCCCACCCAGGAGCGUGUGGACCCGCAGAGCCGCCGGGAGAGCCUGGACAUCCUGGCCCCUGGCCGCCGACGCAAGAACAUGUCGGAGUUCCUGGGGGAGGCGAGCAUCCCUGGGCAGGAGCUCCCAGCGCCCUCCAGCUGCUCUCUGCCCAGCGGCAGCAGUAGCGGCAGCAGCAGCAGUGGCGGCAGUGACAGCUGGAAGAACCGGGCGGCCAGUCGCUUCAGCGGCUUCUUCAGCUCAGGCCCCAGCACCAGCGCCUUCGGCCGGGAGGUGGCUAAGCUGGAGCAGCUGGAGGGCAAGCUGCACGCCUACAGCCUCUUCGGCCUGCCCAGGCUGCCCCGGAGGCUGUGCUUUGACCAUGACUCAUGGGAGGAGGAAGGUGACGAAGAGGAGUACGAGGACGACGCCUGCCUGCGGCUGGAGGACAGCUGGCGAGAGCUCAUCGAUGGCCACGAGAAGCUGACCCGGCGGCAGUGCCACCAGCAGGAGGCGGUGUGGGAGCUCCUGCACACAGAGGCCUCCUACAUUAAGAAACUGAGGGUGAUCACCAACCUGUUCCUGUGCUGCCUCCUGAAUCUGCAAGAGUCAGGGCUGCUGUGUGAGGUGGAGGCGGAGCGCCUGUUCAGCAACGUCCCGGAGAUCGCGCGGCUGCACCGCGGGCUGUGGGGCAGCGUGAUGGCGCCAGUGCUGGAGAAGGCGCGGCGCACGCGGGCGCUGCUGCAGCCCGGGGAUUUCCUCAAAGGCUUUAAGAUGUUCGGCUCCCUCUUCAAGCCCUACAUCCGAUACUGCAUGGAGGAGGAGGGCUGCAUGGAGUACAUGCGGGGCCUACUACGCGAAAACGACCUCUUCCGGGCCUACGUCACGUGGGCCGAGAAGCACCAGCAGUGCCAGCGGCUGAAGCUGAGCGACAUGCUGGCCAAGCCCCACCAGCGGCUCACCAAGUACCCGCUGCUGCUCAAGUCGGUGCUAAGGAAGACCGACGAGCCGCGCGCCAAGGAGGCCGUCGUCACCAUGAUCGGCUCGGUGGAGCGCUUCAUCCACCACGUGAACGCGUGCAUGCGGCAGCGACAGGAGAGGCAGCGGCUGGCGGCCGUGGUGAGCCGCAUCGACGCCUACGAGGUGGUGGAGGGCAGCAACGACGAGGUGGACAAGCUCCUGAAGGAAUUUCUACAUCUGGACCUGACAGCACCCAUCCCUGGCGCCUCCCCUGAGGAGACACGCCAGCUGCUGCUGGAAGGGAGCCUGAGGAUGAAGGAGGGGAAGGACAGCAAGAUGGACGUGUACUGCUUCCUCUUCACCGACCUGCUCUUGGUGACCAAGGCAGUGAAGAAGGCAGAGAGGACCAAGGUGAUCAGGCCACCACUGCUGGUGGAAAAGAUCGUGUGCCGGGAGCUUCGGGACCCUGGGUCCUUCCUUCUCAUCUACCUGAACGAGUUCCACAGUGCUGUGGGGGCCUACACGUUCCAGGCCAGCGGCCAGGCUUUGUGCCGUGGCUGGGUGGACGCCAUCUACGAUGCCCAGAGCCAGCUUCAGCAGCUGCGUGUGCAGGAGCACCCAGGCAGCCAGCAGCACCCGCAGAGCCUCGAAGAGGAGGAGGACGGGCAGGAGGACGAGGACGAGGAAGGAGGGGAGAGCAGCGCGUCGGCUGCCAGUUCCCCUACCGCCCUGCGCAAAAGCAGCAGCAGCCUCGACUCGCAGCGCUGUGUCUCGGAUGGCUCCACGGAGACCCUGGCCAUGGUGGUGGUGGAGCCUGGGGGGAUGCUGUCCUCUCCCGAGUUCGAGGGCGGCCCCUUCAGCUCCCAAUCAGACGAGACCUCUCUCGGCACCACCGCCUCGUCUGUUACGCCCACCAGCGAGCUGCUGCCCCUGGGCCCAGUGGAUGGCCGCUCCUGCUCUAUAGACUCCGCCUACGGCACCCUCUCCCCGACCUCCCUGCAAGACUUUAUGGCCCCGGCCCCUACGGUGGAGCCAGCACUCCGGCCCCCAGAGUCAUCGCGAGCCCCUUCACCCCCACCCUCGCCCCGCCUCCGCCGACGCACUCCUGUCCAGCUGCUGCCCUGUCUGCCCCACCUGCUCAAGUCCAAAUCUGAGGCCAGUCUCCUCCAGCUGCUGUCGGGGGCCACCACCCGUGGAGCGCCCCCAGCCCCUAGCCGCAGCCUGUCGGAACUCUGCUUGGCUGCUACCGUCCCUGGCACCAGGACUCAGGGCUCCCCUCAGGAAGCUGGGCCCAGCUGGGAUUGCCAGGGGGCACCAGGCCCUGGCAGUGGCCCCGAGCUGUCAGAGCUGGAGGGUGGAGCCGGCUGCCCAGCUGGGGAGCCCAAAGGACCCACCAGGAGGAGCAGAGAGCUGUCCUCGGGGGCCUCGCCCAGGGUCCAGCCUGAGCCCCCCCCAGGGACCUCUGCCCAGCACAGGAAGCUGACGUUGGCCCAGCUCUACCGAAUCAGGACCACCCUGCUGCUUAACUCCACCCUCACUGCCUCGGAGGUCUGAGCAGAGGGAGGCUCCCAGGGGUGCCACUGACCAAGGGACAGCAGACAGCACGCCUCCUGGGGUGUGCCGGCCCCUGCUCCAGCUGCUGCCUUAUGUGUGCCCCAGCCAGAGUGCUGGGCAGGACCCCUGCCACCGCCCCCAGGGCCCAAUUUGCACUUUGCCAGACUGGCUGGAAGUGGAGGAGGGCUUAGCAGAGGCCCAGGCUGCAGGGCCCUGUUACAGCCACCACUGUCACUAACCUGCCUGUGCCUCCACCCCCCAGCCUAGGCAAGGUCCCUUGCCCAAUACCCCCGGAGUCACCAGCUCCAAGCCUCUGGGCUGGGCUCCAGGGCUGGGAUCCCAGGCAGCCCUUCCCACCUCCACCCUCAUCUGGCCCCAAAUGGGACGGUUCCCCUGCCCUCGCCUCCCUCCCUCCCU